GAAACAAUAUGGCGGCGCAUAAAGGGGGAGUUGGCCUGUUCCGUAUUCAUGUCUGAACCGAGAGGAGAAGGAGCGAGAAGAGAUCCGUAGGCAUCCUCUAGUGCAGCGAGUGUGGAGCCACGGAAAUAGGCGGUUGCAGCCUCGGAAGCGCCAUUUUGGCUGGAACUAACUCGGACUCCUUCCAGCAGCCAUGGCCGUUCCGUCAGCAGAGAGUCCGAGCUCAGCAGGAGAGAUCCCUUGGUGUUUCUCACAGGUCAAGGGCACCAUUGAGGAGGAGGUGACAGAAGCCGACAUUAUCUCCACCGUGGAGUUCAACCAUGAUGGAGAGUUUUUAGCGACAGGUGACAAAGGAGGGAGGGUGGUCAUAUUUCAGAGGGACGGAACAAAGAUGAGGCAAUCCAGAAGAAGAACCAGCUCUCCGCCGGUGUUUCGCUGUGACUACAACGUCUACAGCACGUUCCAGAGCCACGAGCCGGAGUUUGACUACCUCAAGAGUCUGGAGAUAGAGGAGAAGAUCAACCAGAUUGCCUGGGUCAAACCCUCCGGCUCUUCUCUCUUCCUCCUCACUACAAAUGACAAGACGGUCAAGCUGUGGAAGAUAUCUGAGCGAUGUCGCCACUACAGCGACCUCAAUACCAUCACAGACGACGGGAUGCUGCGAGAGAAAGAGGCACUCGCGGAGCUCAGAAUCCCUCGCAAGUGCGAGGAGGACAUCUCGGUCGAGGCCCUGCCGCGGAGAAUAUUCUCCAACGCCCACGCCUACCACAUCAACUCCAUAUCUGUGAACAGUGACGAUGCGACGUACCUCUCGGCAGAUGACCUGAGGAUUAACGUCUGGCAUCUCGAGAUCACCGACCAGAGCUUUAACAUUGUGGAUAUAAAGCCGGCCAACAUGGAGGAGCUGACCGAGGUGAUCACCGCGGCGCAGUUCCACCCCAUCAGCUGCCACCUCCUCAUCUACAGCAGCAGCAAGGGCACAAUUCGUCUCUGUGACAUGAGAGAGAAGGCCCUGUGCGACGAACACGCCAAGUUGUUUGAGCAACCAGAGGAUCCCAGCACCCGCUCCUUCUUCUCCGAGAUAAUAGCCUCCAUUUCUGACGUCAAGUUCAGCCACAGCGGACGUUACAUCCUCUCCAGAGACUACCUCACUGUCAAGGUAUGGGACAUGAACAUGGAGUCUCGGCCGGUGGAGGUGUAUCCGGUACACGACUACCUGCGCAGCCGACUCUGCUCCCUCUACGAGAAUGACAGCAUCUUUGACCGAUUCGAGUGCAGCUGGAACGGAGACGACACAAAAGUCAUAACUGGGACGUACAACAACUUCUUCCGAAUCUCUGACAGACAGUUGGGAGAGGACUGGUGCUACGAGGCCUCUCGAGACAUGUCCACGCUCGGCCAGAUUCUCAGGCACAAGAGAGUCGUGUCCACAAACCGCAAGAAGAAGGACGAAGUGAGCGUGGAGUCUCUGGACUAUUCCAGGAAGAUCCUACACGCUGCGUGGCACCCGAGAGACAAUAUCCUGGCCAUUGCUGCCACCAACAACCUCUAUCUUUUCCACGAACAGCAGCCUUAGAAUAGGGUGGGAGGACAGGCAUUGGUGGUGUUCACUUCUUCUCACUAUUCUCACACACUUUCUCUCUCUCUCUCCCUCCCUCUCUCUUGCGACCUUGCUGAAGCCACCGUCCUACCAUUUUUUUUGUAGUAACACGAAUUUCAUGGUGCUACAGUGAUAAUUAUCGUUACCUUUAUUUAAGCGUUACUGCAUACUUACUAUUUCCCUUGGUUGUGUUCUCUGGUGCUUAUGGGACAUGUACAUGAUGUAGUUUGACUGUGUACAAUCAACUCUCCUUUACUUCCUGUUCUCUUCAUUCUCUCGUCUUUUUUUUCCUUUGUGUGUGACUUUGUGUGUAUAACUUCAACAUCACACACACUUAAUCUCGUUUUAUCACAUGAUCUUUCUUUUCUUCACUCUCACUUAUUUUUUAGAAGAAAGUGUUAUACAAAUUAUGUAGAAAGAUUUCUUGGCUCUUUUCGGAUGUGCGCAGUGACUAAGACGACGUAUAGAUCUACAAAAGGAAUCAUCUUUGUGCGACACAACACAAAAAACUAUAUAGCAUGCACUCUAGACAAUGGGUAUUGACAGAUUGGCCGAUCUGUGUGACUUGCCAUUGCAAUUACACCGUACAAUGCACUAUGGUUCGCUCUGCUGAUUGGUGAUGCAAAACGGCUACUACACUAUGUGUACAUACUACACUUCUGUCUCGUUGCCGCCAGUAGAAGGUGACCGGGUCUUCCUGUUCGGCUGGCACGGAGGUCACCUCCUCCUCUUGCUGCGAGUUGGGAACCGGUUCCUCUGUUUCGUGCUGCUCUGCCUGAGCCGACGGUGGGUUUGUCUCCCCUGGUGCGACAGGCGAGGAGGACUCCUCUUUUUCUUCUCGUGUUUCUGUCGCAGAUUGGACCUCUUUUUCUUUGUAUGUCUCCGUCGCAUGGUUGACCCCUUUCUCUUCGUCUGUUGAUGACUGGACAGUCUCAACAUGUGUCUCGGGUGCUUGCUGCUCCUGUUGGGAACUGGUCUGUGUCUCUGCUGGCUGCUCCACCGAGGGUGGAGAGUUGCUGUCUUCGGCUUCUUGUCGUCUGCGAGGUGCUGUAGGAGGUGGUGCUUGCUUCACUUGUACAGUGGGGGCACCCUCGGUGGGCUCAAUGUCGAUCUGACUUCGUCGUUUGUUCAUCAGUUUAUGUAACUCUGGCGACAUCCCAGUGGCAGAUGCACUCCUGUACUGUCGAGUCUCCACCUGUUUUCUUAAUUGGACCUGAUUAGAAUUGGAUUCCGUGCCUGCCAUCUGCUGGCCGGGCUCCAAAUUUCUGGGAGCCUCAACCUGCUCGUAUCUCUGGUGGCGUUUCGCAAGUAUUGAGGCCAGUUUGGGAUCCACCUGUUGCUGGCCAUAGAUGCCUGUCUUUGGCGGCUCGAACUUGUUCUGGAAGAAGAACCCGUCGCUUACUGGAACCAUCUUUCCCCUUCGUCCGGGGGUGCUCCGUCGGAGGACUUCGCCAGCUUUCGUGGCCACGUCUUCUGCCUCUGCAGACUGGGAAUAUUUGUACGGGGACUCCUUGAACGUAGGAGAGACUUGCUGGCUGCGAGUGAAGGCAGGGGACCGCGACGGGGAUCGCUGUGGGGUUACGGGGUACCGCAGACUGUGACCUUUGCCCGAUGAUAGUCGCCCUUCGAGGGUCGCAAUUCGUCGGUUGGCGGCAGCUAGCUGGGAGUCUUUCGCCGAGAGUUGCUGGUUCUUGGCCGUGAUCUCCCUGGCUUUUGCUUUGAUGAGCGAGUCCUUGGCUCGCAGGGCCUGAUCGUGCAUCUGUAUCCUGCGCUCCUUGCUGUGCACCAUCUGCUUGUAGCCAUCGAGCUCUUCCUUGCAAGCCAAGGCGGCCUUCUCCUUUACUUCUAGCUCCUGUGUGAGACCGUCUACCUCCAGUUCUUUGGCGUCGAGCUCGGCUUGCUUCCCCUCGAGUGUCUGGGUGAGAGAGCUGAGGUUGUCUUUCAGCAGUGCUGCCUGCUCAACCUCCUGCAUCACCUGCAGGAUGCUGGCGUAGGGCGGUGGAGUGGAUACAGCGUGCCCCUCCACCUCUUGCAAGACUUCGGCCAUUGUUGGUCGACUCCCGGGAUCGUCCUCCAGACACCGCUUCACCAGACCCAGGAGAGCAUGACUCUCGCCCAGCUCCCGGAGACUCUGGUCCCGUCUCUCGGCCUCGGUGCAGGUGAGUGUCCUACCCGCAUCCGCCGGAUCCAACCGCUCCUUCGCCGCAGGCUGGGGGUACUGCUGAGUGACGACGUGGAGCACCAGGUUUCCGUAGCUGAAGACGUCGCCCUUCACCGUCCGCAAGCCGCCUCCGGGCUCUGCGGCUUCCGGAGCCGUGUAGCUGGAAUCUGGGAGCGAGACUCCUGACGGAUUGACGAACCCACAGAUCUUGGCUUGCAGGGAGAUGGUGAGGAGGAUCUUUUCCGGGCAGAGACGGCCGUGCACCAUCGGCUUCUUCUGCUCGUGAACGUAGCGCAACCCGUUGGCCACGUCUAGGAGUAUGGAGCUCUUCGCGUAGGUGGGCAUGUGCUGGUAGUCUUCAAGGCAUUUUGCCAAGUUGAGUGGGAGAACUUCGCUAACGAGCGUCGGGCCCGAGUUGCUGCUGCCGAACAGCACCCCCAACAACUGCACGACGUUCGGAUGGCGAACUUGCGCAAGCUGCAAACACUGCUCGACAAACACUUGCCCCGUCGUAGAUUCCUCGCCCUCGUGUUGAUCUCUCGCUGGCUUCUCAAAUAGUCUAGCGUCGAAUUUCUUCCCAGCACACUGCAGGCCGCGUAUCUUGAUGGCGUAGACGGUGCCGUAAUGCCCCUGGGCUAGCUUGACCCGCGUCUCCUCGAUCCACGGACCGGCAGUGUAGGUUAGCUGCUCUAAGGAUUCCUUGAUGUCCGCCAUUAGUUGUUUUAUCCCAAAUCGCACGCGAGUCGAGAACUGAACACACACAGCACCGCUGCGCUGCAGAACACAGGAU